CUGGGCGCCGCCCCCUGCUCGGCACGGCCGCCGCCGGAUUUGCCACAUCUGCACUGCCGGGCUCAGCGUCCUCCGGAGCCGAGCGCGCUGGGAGAUGGAGCCCCGCUGCCGCCAGGGCCGCCCCCCAGGACUUCCCAUCUGCCAGGGCCGCCAGCCCGGAGCCGCCGCCUAAACCCGAGCCGCCGCCCGCGCGCUCAGCACCCGGGACCCGCCCGGCCUCCGCGAAGCGCGCGCGUCUCUCUCCCGCCGCCGUCAGCAGCUCGGUCUCUUCGUCGCCGCGGGAGCCGGGCCAUGGCGGGGCGAUGAACGAGCGGCCGCCCCUGCCCAGUGGCUUCGGGGAGCGGGGACUGGCCCAGCGCGGCGGCUCGAUCCCCGCCCGGCGGAGCGCGCUGCCGGGCUAGAGCCGGCUGCCGGGCCCGGCGGCAUGUGGAGCUCCGGGGGCGCCGUGCUCCAGCUCCUCUGCCGGGCCGCCAAGUUCGCGGCUGCCCAGGGAGCCCGGCAGGACCUCAGCCGCUGGCUGGCCCGGGCAGGCGGAGGCGGGGAGCCGGCCGGCGGAGCCCAGGGAGACACGGCUGGGCUCCUGCGCGGGCCGUACCCGGAGCAGAACGGGCUGCAGCACUCGGAGCUGCUGCUGUGCCAGCUGCCCGAGGCGGGUGGCGCGGGGCCCGGGCUGCCCGAGGCCAGGACGUGGCGCUGCUCGUGCUGCCUGCUGGGCACCUGCUGGUGCAAGAGCUGCCUGGGCGUGUGCGUCCUGGCCGCGCUGUGCUUCGCCUCGCUGGCCCUGGUGCGCCAGUACGUGCGGGACCUGCUGCUCUGGGCCGAGAGCCUGGACAGCGUGGCCGGGGUGCUGCUCUUCACCGUGGGCUUCAUCGUGGUCUCCUUCCCCUGCGGCUGGGGCUACAUCGUGCUGAACGUGGCCGCCGGCUACCUGUACGGCUUCGUGCUGGGCAUGGGGCUGAUGGUGCUCGGGGUCCUCAUCGGCACUUUCAUCGCCCACGUGGUCUGCAAGAAGCUGCUGGCCCGCUGGGUGCUAGCGAGGAUCCAGGGCAGCGAGAAGCUCAGCGCCGUUAUCCGCGUAGUAGAGGGAGGAAGCGGCCUCAAAGUGGUGGCCCUGGCCAGGCUCACGCCCAUCCCCUUCGGGCUCCAAAACGCGGUGUUCUCGAUUACAGAUCUAUCGUUACCCAACUAUCUAAUGGCUUCCUCAGUUGGACUGCUUCCUACUCAGCUCCUAAACUCCUACUUAGGCACCACCUUGCGAACUAUGGAAGAUGUCAUUGCAGAGCAAAGUGUUAGUGGCUAUUUUAUAUUUACUUUACAGAUUGUUAUAAGCAUCGGUCUCAUGUUUUAUGUUGUUCACCGAGCUCAAGUGGAAUUGAAUGCAGCUAUCGUAGCAUGUGAAAUGGAAAUGAAAACUUCCUUUGCUCCAGGCAGCCAACCAAGCAUCACUUCUUCAACAACAUUCUGCAACAAGAGGACAAUAACAUUUUCAGGGGGUGGGAUCAAUAUUGUGUGAUUUAAAGUAUUAAAAAUGUAAGGUUUUGUAAAUGUAAGCUAUUACCUAGAAAUGUCUACGGACAACUAUAACCAGUGUAAAAAAACAAAAAACCCAAAUGGUUACAGGUUGUACUGUGACACAGACCAACUCACCAGUUAUUAAAUUGCACAAGGAGGGUGAUAUUUAGCAAGGAACAAUAGAUGGUUAACCAACUUUGAAAUGUAGAUGCAAAUUACUGCACCUUUUGUCCUUUAUUAUGCCUGUCAUGAUCUGUAGCCUGCACUUUAGAUUUUGUUUUGUGUUUGUUCCAAGAAACUGAUAAAAAUGGCCCAGAGGUAAAUAUUUUUCUGCUUAGCAUUAUUUAUAAUGUUGAAUAAUUAUAUACAGUAGAUCUUUAUUACUGAUAAAGAUGAAUGAGUAAAAAGUAUGCAGUUCAAUGUACAAUACUCUUGAAUGUGCUUUGCUUUGGAAAUAUUUCCAGAAAUGAGAUAGUGUAUUACUUUGCUAAUUAUGGGACCAUUUGACUUUUCCUUCAUUUUUUAUUUUAAAAAAGAGAACCUUAUAUAAAUUUUUGGUUGAAUGUAUUUUUGUAAAUCAUUGAAAUGUUGCAGAGCCACUUGUACUUAUUCACACAAGCUUAAAUCCUACAUUGUGGGACUGAAGUGCUCUUAAAUAACAUUUUAAGUUACACUGUAAUAUGCAAAGUAAAAGGGAAACUAUAGAGGACAUAAUGGGUUAUGGUGAAUAUAGCACUAUUUGAGGGAGAACUCAUAAAUUAUCUGCUCCAGUGACUUUACCACAUGGAUUGUAACAAAAGGGCUGUUCCAUUGCAAUUCUAUUUAUAAAUGUUUUUAAAAAAAAUUAUUUGAAGGAUGGAUUUUUUGUUUUCAUUGCGCGUGAUGCAUACAGUAAGAAUAGGGAUCUAAAUCUCUCCCUGCCACAAAAAUGUUGGGAUACUAGCAUAAUUGGUCUUAGACUAAGGUGGCCUUUAUUAUAUAGUGGUGAAGAUCCUUUAUUCCUUUUAAAAAUGCUUUAAAAUCAAACUAAUUCCAGUCACGCUUCCCCCCCCCAUUACAUUUUUAAAAUAUUUAAACUAUUGUACCCUUAGGUAGAAAUGCAAACUAGAGGCUUUCCUUCAGAUCAGUUAAUAGAAAAGGACAGCAAUGUCUUUGAGACUCAGGAAUUCAGAAUCCAUUUUGAAAAAGACAAAAUUAUACUAGAAUUAUGGGAUAGUGCUCCUUUUGUGUGAGCUGUGGAUUGUUCUUCAGUAUGUUAGUGCUUGUGUGUGUAGAUACAGUACCUUUGUGUUUAUACAUAUAUGUAUGUGAGAGUUACAUACUGUAGAUAUACAUAUAAACACUACUCAGCUGCCUCAAACAGAUGAAAAGUAACUGGCACAAAAAUAGCUUGAUUUAUUACCUUUUCUUUUGAGAAAUGACCUUUGUAGUUAUUUUGCUUUAAGCUGUAAAAAUCAUUUCUGGUCUUUUGAUAUUUUGUGUUAGAAUGUAAUUGCUUAUUACAGUGCCUCCUUUGUGUAAGGCUGUUCUUAGGAUGUGCAAGCACAGGAUUUACCAGUGAUUAAAUAAAUCACUUGCUGUAGAGGACAAGGGCCUUAAAGGUAGCUGGGAAGCAGAGAUUUGAUAACUUUUUAACAGUCUUAUAGUGAGGAUGUAUCAUACUUAAAAAAAAAAAAA